GUCAGUGUCGUUACCGGGACGAGCACCGCCACCUUCCCGGUAGAUUGUAUCGGCGUCAAAUCCAAAGUUAAACGAUGGAAAGCAACGCCGGACCCCCUGCUUCGCCUCAAAGUGGAGGUUAACGUCACAAAGUUGUCACCAAAUGCUUCCCGGUACCGUCAUGGCUCGGACCGGCUCCGGUGCCCUCCUCUGGCGGCGGAACAUGAAGCUGGACACCUUCCUGAAGCGGAACACGGAGCGGGCGGUGUACGAGCGGAUCCGAGCCUACGAACCGUGCGUGGUGAUAUCAGAAACCGUUAAAAAGGUGUAUAUGCAUGUGGUAUUGAGCGACGAGCGCGUGUAUCUUACAGAGUACCCGCCACGUACGCUCACCGAAGCCUUUAACUUCAGGCGCGUGCGUCACAUCGAGCUGGUCAACGACCUCCCAGACUUCCUCCACGGGAAGGACCGGGAGCGCUGCCAGCACAUCCUUAUCACCUACAUCACGGACAAGCCUGCAGCGAGGGGCCGUGAUUGGCUGAGGAGAGACAGGAGGGCGGGACUUCGUCUUGCUGCCCCUGCGUCCCGCAGACCCAGCGACUGUCUUACAAUACCACACACCUUAGGAGGUUAUCCUGCUCAGAGGAGCCCCAGUGAAAGUGCGACAGAGCAUCACAUGUUACCGCCGCCGCGUUCUGCCUCCUGUCCAAACCCCGACACUUUGGGCCUCCUGAGGGUCCCUCACCCCCCCUCCACAGCCUCCUCCCUCUACUCCCCCACCUCCAAUCAUAGACUGUUCCUCUCCGAUACAGGCCAGGUACCGAGGAGGCUCAUUACAGUUUUGUCUCGCUUGUUGGGAAGAGACUGUGUGAACAGUGGAGAGGAGAGGGAGGCCGAGCUGCAUCUGUACGCAGUGUCACCUACGUCCAGACUCUACCUCCACCUGCAGAGCUCAUGGAACAGCUUCAUUAUUAGGUCCACUCUGUCAUUAGACCCGCUCUACAGAAGGAGGUGCAGUGUCUCGUCUGACUCUUCUCCUGGAAAAGCACUUCCUGGCAUCAGCUGGGAGCGGACUGCUCACCUGUUUGCUCAGCUGAGCUCGGAGCUGCUGCAGGAGGGGAUCGGAGUGGAGAGUCUGUACCUGCUGCUGCAGGAGCUGAGCACCGCUGCGCACCGCAACAUCGCUCUGCGCCGACUCUUCUGGAGGUCCAGUGAGGUGUGCGUGUUCCUGGUUCAGACUCUGGAAGAAUCUCUGCACGGCUGUCAGAGCCUCCAUGGAGUCUACACGGCAGAUCAAUUACUACUAAGCACUCUGAUCGUGCAGACGCUCGCCGUCAUGUUCAGAGAGACGGAGGUCGAACCAGCCAGAUUCAACCUGCUCUCUGCCAAAAAAGGUGCCCUGGCCUCCAGAAUGCUGCUUGCCUUGAUUUGUGAUGCAGAACUACAAACACAGAAGCAAAGAUCUCUGGUAGAUUGUGAGCUUCAGGCCUUACUAGCGGAGUAUCUGGACUCUGCCUGCUCUCUGCUCUUCGAGCUGCUGCUUUUAGGCCACGAGGCCAGCAGAUGUUCCCUGACAGAGAACUUCCUGUCUGUUGGCUGGAUCCUCCGAGUCCUGCAGCCUCAUCCUCACCUGAUGUCCUUCGUCAGUCACCAGGCCCAGCAGGUGGUCGUGGUUCUGUCCGACUUGCAGGACUCCCCCCUCGCUCCCUCUCAAUCGGUGCUGCUCUUCCAGCGCUGUCGCCUCCUGCUGGCCUGCCUGCAGUACAACAACAUGCUCGCUCAGCAUCUCAGGUCUCACUUCAGGGAGGAGUUCAGGUACUUUGUGAAGCUGUCCUGUGUUGAGGUGAAGCUGCCCCCUCUCUACCCGAUCAGCCCCCCCACCCUGCGGCUGGUUGAGCAGAUCCUCACUCUGCUCAAAUGAUUGCACAAACACACGAGUGCACUUACACCUGGAGACAGGCUGUGACAGCGUGUGCCUUUACCAAAGCGUGAGUGAGUUUAAACUCGUAACGCAUGAAGCAUGUCUGCUGCUGUUACAAGUGAAACUCAAGAUCCCAGCAGAAAGAAUAUGACUUUUAUUUGUUUUAUUAAUAAGUGUUCCUAUGAUGCUGUGAAGCAAAAAUCUUCUCUGGAAUUCAUGAAUGUAAGCAUUGCUAUAAGCUAAAUGCUAAAAUAGCGAUGUUAAGCAGGUAUAGUGUUUACAGAUUUCACCAUCUUACUUUAGCAUAGUAGCGUGAAAAUAUGAUAUUUAGCAAUGAAAACAAAUGUUCCUGAUGUUUGUUUAGAUUCUGCCUGUGUUUAUAAUUUAACCUCUAGAUGUCAAAACUAAAUCUGCAAAGUGUUUAGGUGAUAUGCACUUUAAAUAAAGUUAAAGAUGAAACUUUGAAAUCUGUUAUAAAUGACAGCUGAAUGUGAUAGAGAUCACUCAAUAUUGUUUCAGUUGAGAUCAAAAUAAAAAGUAUUACACAUGCA